AUGCACUCGGUAACCUUCAAAGAGGCUCCUCGAUACGACGCACUAUCCUAUACCUGGGGUGAAUCAAAGCGCUCGAAGUGGAUCGUGAUUAAUGGCAAGCGCAUGACCAUCAGAGAAAAUCUAUGGCAUGCGCUUCAAUCUAUACGCCGAAAAGACCUGGCGCAGGUCAUAUGGGUCGAUGCGAUAUGCAUCAAUCAGGCCGAUGCAGACGAAAAAAGCAGUCAGGUUCCUCUGAUGUCUUUCACGUACUCCCGCGCACGACAAGUCUUGCUAUGGCUGGGUCAACAUAAACCGCCGCGUUGGAUUGAGAACUCAAUACCAUUGCAAUGGCAUGACGACUAUGGAGUUACUCACGCGAAACGGUAUCCAGGUCCGGUUGAGUACUGGAUCUAUCGACUCGUGCACCAGGAGUACUGGAAACGUGCUUGGAUUGUUCAAGAGAUUGGGAUGGCCUCGUCUAUUUCGGUCUACUUUGGACACCAGUUCAUAUCAUGGACCGAAUUCAUCAAGCUUGUGCGAUGGUACGAUUCUCGUGUUGACGACCCAACGGUGCGCCACGUCUUUGCUUUGGAAGAGCUACGUCAAUCAAGGUACCGCGACGGUGGCGCAUAUGCAUUGCACCAUCUUCUCAACAGCUUUAGUGACAACUUCUGCUCCGUCGUACAUGACAAGCUUUAUGCAUUUUUCGGUAUGUCAAACGACUACAUUGACGACAAUCUCGUAAUCGACUAUCGAAGAUCCGUAGCAGAGGUCUAUGGAGACUUCGUCGUGGCGCAGAACCUGUCCAUAUUCGAUGCGAUCAACAAGCAGAUAGACAUGGUUCAGUUCGCUGGCCUUCUACGUGGAGUCGUACCAUCCAAUGCAGUGGAAGGGGAUUUGAUCUGUCAGUUCCUCGACUCAGAUGCGGCAGCUGUGUUAAGACUAGGACCUACUGGUGUUCCCGAACUCGUCGGUCGAGCAGCGAUGAUUGGAGAGGGAGAUGACUUGCAAUGGGAAAGACCUGGUGAAAGGAAUGUCUUACGAGAACUGCUACGGACGCCCUACCGCCAGCUAGACGCGCUACGCUACACCCAUACAACACGAAAUCAAAGAAAUAUUACAGUCGACAUGGCCAUCAAAGUCCCCCAAGCAGGCGUCUGGACCCCCGCCGUAACCUUCUUCGAUCCCUCCACCGGCCGCAUCGACAUCGAAGCUCAGAAACAAUACUUCACUUACUUGUCGAAAAACGUCACUGGCCUGGUCGUUCUAGGCUCCAAUGCUGAAGCUUUCCUACUCACGCGCGAAGAACGCAUCACACUCGUCAAAAUCGCCCGCGCGGCCGUCGGCCCUUCGUACCCCCUCAUCGUGGGUAUCUCCGGCUACAGCACCAUUCAAACCCUUGAAUAUGCGAAAGAUGCCAAAGACGCAGGCGCAGACUUUGGCCUCUUGCUCCCCGCGAGUUACUAUGGCGGUGCUACGAGUAAAGAGGUGGUGAAUGCUUUCUUCGACGAGGUAGCUCAAGGGACCGAUUUGCCGAUUGUGAUUUACAACUUCCCGGCGCAGUGUAAUGGCGUGGACCUCGAUAGCGUUACUAUUGCGGGGAUCGCAAAGAGAAAUAAGGGGAAGAUUGUGGGUGUGAAACUCACAUGUGGAAGCGUGGCGAAGAUUACUAGACUCACGGCUGAGUUGGCGCCGGAGGAGUUUACGACGUUUGGAGGACAGUCUGACUUUCUUAUUGGGGGGCUGGCGGUGGGGAGUCAGGGGUGUGUGGCGGCUUUUUCGAAUGUGUUUCCUAAGACUAUUAAGAAGGUUUAUGACUUGUAUACGGAAGGGAAGGUGGAUGAGGCGCUGAAGCUGCAUAAGAAGGCGGCGCUGGCGGAGAGCCCGGUGAAGGCGGGGAUUGCGAGCACGAAGUAUGCUAUUAGUCAGUUCAGCGCUGUGGAUGCGGGUAUCCAAGGUGCAGAGGAGAAGCUCCUGCCCAGGAGGCCGUAUCUGCCUGUUGGGGACGCGGUCAAGGACAACGUGAAGAAGGUCAUGGCUGAGCUGGCGGAGAUCGAGAGGUCGCUUUGA